AUGGCUGAUGUUAGAGGAGUAAACUCCACUAAACCUGUUAGAGGAGUAAGCUCUACUAAACCCGUUAGAGGAGUAAACUCCACUAAACCUGUUAGAGGAGUAAGCUCUACUAAACCCGUUAGAGGAGUAAACUCCACUAAACCCAUUAAAGGAGUAAACUCCACUAAACCUGUUAGAGGAGUAAACUCCACUAAACCCAUUAGAGGAGUAAACUCUACUAAACCCGUUAGAGGAGUAAACUCUACUAAACCCGUUAGAGGAGUAAACUCUACUAAACCCGUUAGAGGAGUAAACUUCACUAAACCCGUUAGAGGAGUAAACUCUACUAAACCCGUUAGAGGAGUAAAAUCCACUAAACCCGUUAGAGGAGUAAACUCCACUAAACCUGUUAGAGGAGUAAACUCCACUGAUUGA